ACUUUGUCCCCGGGGUCUUGUGGCCGCUGAGUCGUCUUUAUAGAGCAGCCAUUACCACCGCUAUCAAAUGAAUCGAAGUGGCCAAAAAUCCCGGAGACGAGGUUAAUUUUUGAGUUUAUAUAUAUAAAAAAAAUCUUGAAUAAUAAAUACUUAGUUUGUAGUCUGAAACAGGGCCGGAGAUACUAUGUUUGGAUUGGACGCCAUAAGAGUUUUCGAUUUCGGACCCUCUUUAAUACCUUUACAUUGGUUCCUUUUGGGUAUUUUUUUUUGGUUUUAAUUUAUAGAAACUCUUUAUUAUUUUAAUUUUUAUAUAAACAAGGGGGCCUCCUCCCUUCACCCCUGGCGUCACCGAACAUGCAAAAGUUAUCUAAAAUUGUUUUAGACUGGAAUCGAAGUUGUCUAAUUUAUAUGUGUUGAAACUAUAUUAUUUAUUUAAACAUCUUUGUUGUUUAUAGUCUCUACGGGGAAGAUCAAUCAUUUUACUAACAAAGAAGAAACAAAAGACAUGAUCAGCCAGUUGAAGCCUUUUGAAACGAACAAUGUUUAUUUAAAUAUAUAUUUUGUUUAACUAGGAGAAGGUAUGAGAUAUAAUUAAUAUUCAAGAUAAGCUCAUCGACAAACGAAAGUAGCUGGAAAAGUUUUGAUAAUGGCGGGAAUAAAAAUUACUAAGGACUCGUAUAAGGCGUUGUAUAUAAAAUUUGCUUGGCAGAUUUGUUUAUUUCUUCUGACGUUAAACAUCGCGGCAAGUAUAUUUCAAGCUAUCGAGACCAGAGAUGGCGCACAGAGUAGCGAGCCUACGAAAACGGAUAUUAUUUCAAACUUCAGCAGCACACAUAAUGUGUCACGCGAAGAAAUUUUAAAAUUGUUUGAGCGUUUAGAAGUUUUUACGCACAUUGCAGAUCACUCUAUGACGUAUUCAGAGGGGUUGGUACUUACCUUGUCAUUGUUCUACACCAUUGGUUGGGGUCACGUGACACCUAUUACAACUAGUGGGAAGGUCUUUGCCGUCUUCAUAUCAUGUGUAGGCAUUCCUAUUACAUUCAUGAUGCUGCUGUCUGGUGGAAGGAUCCUGUCCCAACACAUCCUAGACGUCAUUAAAAUUUCUCAAACUCAAAACCCGACGAAACUUAACAAGUACAGCGAAAACAAAAUUCACACGUCGUCAAAGCGAAUGUUAACGCCGAUACUGCUUAUCAUGUUUUUGAUUUUCACCUUCUCAUCUGCAGCCAUGUUGCAGCACUUUGAGGGCUUCUCAUUCGGUGAUGCAUUGUGGUAUAGCUAUAUCACCAUGUCAACGAUCGGACUUGGAGACUACACACAAGAGCACGUCAUUAGAAGCGGUCACCAUGGAAAGCGUGCUGGUCUAAUGAUUUUCAUGUUUUUUUGGAUUUUAAUUGGAAUGAUAUUUCUUGUCGCCAUAGUUAUAUCUAUAUUAUCUAAUGCAAACAAUAUGAAGUUGAAAAGUGCCAGACAACUUCGUGCUUCUGACGAGAACAAGAAUAAAUUGUUGGCUCGACAAGAUGAUUUAGCUGAAGACGAUUUAUAAAACAUCAUUUUUCGCCACUUUAUAAUUGCAAACAUAGCUUGGAAGAGUACAAAGAAAUAUGUGAUGUGUUUACUAACCCUGUGUAGUUUGCAAGCGUUGUGUGCCAUUGUCGAUAUUCUUCACUUUUUUAAACGUAACGAAAGAAGAGUACUUAUAUGCACACAACUCAGACAUGAAUUGUCUCUUAACUCGUGCUUGAUAAAAUGCUUCUUAAAAACAAAACGAAUACAUGUUGUGGUUACAUCGCCAAGACAAAAUUUCCAGUGAUGUUGUUAAAGUAUUCUGUAUUUCACAGUCUCGCCUGUUGCUUGCUUGUUUUUUGCGUUAACUUACUAAUCAAAUAUCUACUGUGGUAGACUCAAUUUACAUGUUGGCCGCUCAAUCAGCCUGGUGCACCAAUCGGCAUCAAACUUUUAAUCACAUUUGUCAUUGUAAUAAAAUUUGGACUUUUUAUGUAAGAAAAAUCUUUUUUUUUCUUUUUCUAUCACUUCAUGUGGUUUUUUGCUUACAAGCUAGAUCGUUUUUUGAAGAGUUUAAACCUCAUGUCGUUUAUAUAAAAAAAUCGUGUAUUUUAAAAUGAAAGAAACUGUUGUCCUUCCUUUUUAAUGGACAACAUAAAACUUAUUAACUUAAUUAAUAAUUUGUUUUUUACAAAAAAAAUUGUUUUUCCUUUUUCCUUUUAUUGUUUUACAUAAGGGCUUAGGAUCCUUAUGAAAAAAAAUUAGCUAUAUUUUAAUGACGUACGAUGCAAGUUUAUACUGUCCUAAUGCACUUUAAAAAAUCACGUCAAUAAUACCAAAAAUGUAUUAAAUAUAUUAUAUGACCAGUACACAGUUUAUAUAAACUUUUUAUCCAUGGGUUAUAUUUAUGCAGCUAUUUAUUCUAAAUUAUAUUCAGAGUGAAUAUAAAUAAGAAAAGAUUGUAUCUCCCUUUUU